AAAAGUGAGUGUAGCGUAUUGUUCCUGACACAGUUCGUAGAAUCUAUACAGGAACAAUGACGCCUUUUACCCCUCUGGAAGUAAAAUAGAUAAUUUUUAAAAAAUUCACAUCACACUCCUGACAUCUCUCACUCCUGACGCGGUUCGUUGAUGUGAUCAAACGGGAACAAUGACGUGCCUUACCACUCUGGUUCUACUUGUGAUGGUGAACUACUCAUCCACAUACUGGAUAAUUUGGAGAAGUUCACCUCAAACCAACCUUGGACACGAUAUUGAGGCUCCACCCCAAUCUGGUGACUGUUCCGGCCAGCUUACAAAGGUGGAGUGUCGUGCGCUGUACACGAGGCAAACUUUAGAUGAAUUUGACAGUAAAUUUUUCCCGUUUGCUGACAAGAAAUGUACCCUUACUGGAGGUCUGUACUGUGUUGCUGCCUCUUCGAUCCCCUGCCCAGCUGAUUUUGAGAUCAGAUAUUUUUGCAGCGACCAGUCAGGUAUGCUUUCGAAAAUGUGCAGCCGCUAAACACUGAAGAUAGAUUCACUCUCCUGGCUAAGACAGUACAUAGGCCUAGCCUUCACUCACUUGCUGUGAUGACUACGCCAUUUGCCCUAUUCUUCAUGAAUCAUAACAAACAAUAGUUGAA